CUGUCCUUGUCCUAAGCUAGCUCCUCUACAUAGUCGGCGACGGCGUCGUCUCCCGUAAGAAUGGCGGAGCAAUAAUACUUCAGCGAAACCCUAGUAAUCCCGCCCGCCCGCCAUGGACGCCGGAGCAAAGAAAGGCGGCGACUCGUCUUCUACCCCAGCCAAACCCUCCAAGUUUUCAGUUUAUCAGAACCAAGCACUCUCCGUUGCUCUGACCACCAAGAGCCUUCGACCUUCUUCUUCCACAUUCUUCUGCAUCUUAUCUCUUUGUAGCGCCUCUUCUUUUGCUCUACUCAGCACCAUUGUCAGGAAAGAUUGGGUAGUUGACAGCUUGAGACUUCAAUAUUUCUCCCAGGAUGUUGCUUAUUUUCUUGUCAAAUUUGGACAAACUGUUACAGGCUUAGUUCUGAUUGGAACUGUCAUUGCUCUUAUCAAAGCCAUUUCACUGUGGAGGGCGACGGGGAUAGCUACUGUUGUUUCCUCCAAUGGAAAGAAUGAACAGGUACAUCUCACGAGCCGGCAACUAGGGCUUGUGGGAAUGAAGCAAAAGAUUGAAGAGAGAGCUGCGUCACCUCUGACGAAACCACCUAAAUCGAAAUUCAGCUCACCUUCCCCUCAAGACAUGCUUGUCCCACUUCAUCAACCGAGAGCAUUUACCAGUAAUUUAUCUCAAAUUAGUAACGGAAGAUCGGAUAACAGUAGUGGUAGUAAGAUUUCUUUCAGAACCCCAACCAAAAUGUCAGGUUCUCCAUCCUCGUACCUGGUUGCUGCCUCAACACAAUCACCUGCUUAUCAAACUUCCCCUGUUAUUGACCAAUUAUCUUCCAACUCCCCUUGGUUCAAUAAGGGGGCGUAUACACCUCGAGAGAUAGUCUCGGAACAAGAGCUUGAAAAUUUCUUGGCUGAUGUUGACGAUAAAAUUUAUGAAUCAGCUGGAAAAUUGGCUACUCCACCUCCCACCAUUAGAGGGUUUGGAAUGGUUAGCCCCAAUUCAAUUGCAACUUCUACCAAUACUUCUGGGACCACAAGGAGUACCCCUUUGAGACCUGUUAGGAUGUCGCCUGUUUCCCAAAAGUUCAACACUCCGCCAAAGAAAGGGGAAGGAGACCUACCUCCACCUAUGUCCAUGGAAGAGUCGGUUGAAGCAUUUGAGCGGUUAGGCAUCUAUUCUCAGAUUGAGCAAUGGCGUGAUCGUCUCAGGCAGUGGUUUUCAUCGGUUCUUUUAAAUCCUCUUGUAAAUAAGAUUGAGACAAGCCACCUGCAGGUAAUGCAAUCAGCUGCUAGACUUGGUAUUACUGUUGCAAUCAAUCCAGUAGGCUACGAUUUACAAGCUUCAGGAACCCAAGCUACUAUUUCGCCAAUUGAGAGGCCCAAUGAGUGGCAGUCAGCAUUUUCUUUAGAUGAAGAUGGACUUCUUCAUCAGUUGCGGGCUACCCUUGUCCAAGCUCUUGAUACUUCUUCAAAGUUUCCUGUAGGCAACCUACAGUUGUCAUCACAACAGAGCAUUAUGCAUGAAUGCAUUGAUGCUAUAACUGAGCACCAGAAGCUACUUUCUUUGAUGAAAGGAGAGUGGGCCAAGGGUUUGCUUCCACAGAGUAGUAUCCGAGCAGAUUACACCGUGCAAAGGAUCAGAGAGCUUGCAGAAGGAACAUGUCUGAGGAACUAUGAGUUUACUGCGAAUGGUCAGGUUUAUGACAAAGCGAACAAGAAAUGGACUCUGGAGCUUCCUACAGACUCCCAUCUGCUGUUAUAUCUGUUUUGUGCUUUCCUAGAGCAUCCUAAAUGGAUGCUACACGUGGACCCAAGUUCAUAUGCUGGUGUACAAUCUAGCAAAAAUCCAUUGUUUUUAGGUGUUUUGCCUUCGAAAGAAAGAUUUCCAGAGAAAUAUGUGGCUGUUAUAUGUGGUGUCCCAUCUGUACUUCAUCCCGGGGCAACAGUACUGGCUGUUGACAAGCAAAGACACCCUAUCAUUGCCUUAUACUGGGAUAAGAAGCCUCACUUCUCUCUUCAGGGUAGAACAGCAGUUUGGGACUCCAUCUUGCUUCUAUGCAAUAGGGUUAAGACUGCAUAUGGAGGAGUUAUUCGAGGAAUGCAAUUGUCUUCGUCGGCCUUAGAAAUCAGUUCUGUUCUGGAUUCAGGAAUGGAAGGAUGAAGAACACAAAGUUGUUGAUUUCGGUCUCCCUUUCGAACAUUAUUAGCUUGCUAGCUAGGAAAAUGAGAAAAGAGGUGACAAUGAAAAUGUAAAAUGUGUGUGCUUAACACAAUUUUGUAAGUCUUAAGACUCAAAUUUGUUGUUUUUUAUUCUUCUUUUAA